AAUAUCUAUCAAGAAGUGGAACAAGAAGUAGCAGAAGAAAUAUAAUAUUUUCUGGUUAUGGUGCAGUUCUGGAGUGGAGUUAAAGUUAUAGCACAUAGGUAGCCUACAUCUUCUAAAUUAUGGAAAUUUUUUGGAAGACGUUGACCUGGAUUUUGUUCUUAAUUAUGGUAUUAUCAGAAUAUCACGGUGACAACAGGCUUUCAUAUAGUUCUCAAGAGGAAUUCCUGUCUUAUCUUGAACACUAUCAACUAACAAUCCCAAUAAGGGUUGACCAUAAUGGAGCCUUCCUCAGUUUUACUGUGAAAAAUACUAAACCCAGCGGAAGAAAGAAGAGGAGUACUGAAUUUUAUGACCGAGAACUGGCAGUUUCUAAAUUAUUUUUUAAACUUUCUGCCUAUGGCAAGCACUUUCAUUUAAACUUGAGUCUCAACACAGAUUUGGUCUCCAAACACUUCACAGUAGAAUAUUGGGGUAAAGAUGGACCUCAAUGGAAACAUGAUUUUUUAGACAACUGUCACUAUACAGGAUAUUUACGUGGCCAGCAUGGUACAUCUAAAGUAGCAAUAAGCAACUGCAAUGGUCUGCAUGGUAUAAUUGCUACAGAAGAUGAAGAAUAUUUUAUUGAACCCCUAAGGAACACAAGUGAACAGUCUGAUAAUUUUCAUUUUGAAGUUGGCCAUCCACAUGUAAUUUAUAAAAAAUCUUCACUGUAUCAUCAGUUCUUCUAUGAUCAUACCCAUUGUGAUAUUUCAGAAGAACUCACAAGAAGUGGUAAACCUUGGUGUUUGAACAAUACUGUUGCUUUUCCAACUCUUCUACCAGUUAAUCAGACUUUGAACAAUCAUCAUCGAUUGAAGAGAUCAAUAAGCACUGAACGUUUUGUGGAGACGCUGGUAGUAGCAGACAAAAUGAUGGUGGGAUAUCAUGGGCGCAAAGAUAUUGAACAUUAUAUUUUGAGUGUUAUGAAUAUUGUUGCCAAACUUUACCGUGAUUCCAGCCUAGGAAACGUUGUGAAUAUUAUAGUGACUCGUUUAAUUGUCCUCACAGAAGAUCAGCCAAACUUGGAGAUAAAUCACCAUGCAGACAAGUCCCUUGAUAGCUUCUGUAAGUGGCAGAAAUCUGUUCUCUCUCACCAAAGUGAUGGAAACACCAUUCCGGAAAAUGGAAUUGCCCACCAUGAUAAUGCAGUCCUUAUAACUAGAUAUGACAUCUGCACAUAUAAAAACAAGCCUUGUGGAACUCUGGGCUUGGCCUCUGUUGCUGGAAUGUGUGAGCCUGAAAGGAGCUGUAGUAUUAAUGAAGACAUUGGCCUUGGCUCUGCUUUUACCAUAGCCCAUGAAAUUGGUCACAAUUUUGGUAUGAACCAUGAUGGAAUUGGAAAUUCUUGUGGGACCAAAGGUCAUGAAGCAGCAAAACUUAUGGCAGCUCACAUUACAGCAAACACCAACCCCUUCUCAUGGUCAACCUGCAGCAGGGAUUAUAUCACCAGUUUUUUAGAUUCAGGCCGUGGUACUUGCCUUGAUAAUGAACCUCCCAAGCGUGAUUUUCUUUAUCCUGUGGUGGCCCCAGGUCAGGUGUAUGAUGCUGAUGAACAGUGUCGCUUCCAAUAUGGAGCUACAUCACGGCAGUGUAAAUACGGGGAAGUGUGUAGAGAGCUUUGGUGUCUCAGCAAAAGUAAUCGCUGUGUUACCAACAGUAUUCCAGCAGCUGAAGGUACUCUUUGCCAAACUGGGAGCAUUGAAAAGGGGUGGUGUUAUCAGGGAGAAUGUGUCCCUUUUGGCACUUGGCCUCAGAGCAUAGAUGGAGAUUGGGGUCCCUGGUCCAUUUGGGGAGAAUGCAGUAGGACCUGUGGGGGAGGAGUCUCAUCAUCCAUAAGGCACUGUGACAGUCCAGCACCUUCUGGUGGAGGAAAAUAUUGCCUUGGAGAAAGGAAACGAUAUCGCUCUUGUAACAUUGAUCCAUGUCCUCUUGGAGUCCGUGAUUUUCGAGAAAAACAGUGUGCAGACUUUGAUAAUAUGCCAUUUCGAGGAAAAUAUUACAACUGGAAACCAUAUACAGGAGGUGGGGUUAAGCCAUGUGCAUUAAACUGUUUAGCAGAAGGUUAUAACUUCUAUACUGAACGUGCUCCUGCAGUGAUAGAUGGAACACAAUGCAAUGCAGAUUCCCUGGAUAUUUGUAUCAAUGGAGAAUGCAAGCAUGUUGGAUGUGACAAUAUUUUGGGAUCUGAUGCUAAAGAAGACAGGUGUCGGGUAUGUGGUGGUGAUGGGAGUACAUGUGAAGCUAUUGAAGGUUUUUUCAAUGAUACACUGCCCAGAGGUGGCUACAUGGAAGUGGUUCAAAUUCCUAAAGGUUCUGUUCAUAUUGAAAUCAAAGAAGUGGCAGUGUCAAAAAACUAUAUUGCUUUGAAAACUGAGGAUGAUGAUUAUUAUAUUAAUGGAGCCUGGACUAUUGAUUGGCCUAGAAAAUUUGAUGUUGCUGGAACAGCUUUCCAUUACAAAAGACCAGCUGAUGAAGCAGAAGCUUUGGAAGCUUUGGGCCCUACUUCAGAAAACCUUAUAGUCAUGAUUUUACUACAGGAGCAAAAUCUGGGGAUAAGGUAUAAAUUCAAUGUUCCCAUCUCUCGUACUGGCAGUGGUGACAAUGAAGUUGGCUUCACAUGGAAUCACCUCCCUUGGUCAGAGUGCUCUGCUACUUGCGCUGGAGGUAUGCAGAAACAAGAAAUAGUAUGCAAAAGGUUAGAUGACAGCUCUGUAGUCCAGAACAAUUACUGUGAUCCUGAUAGUAAACUACCAGAAAAUCAAAGAGCCUGCAACACUGAGCCUUGUCCACCUGAAUGGUUUAUAGGCGAUUGGUCAGAAUGCAGUAAGACCUGUGAUGGAGGAACGAGAUCACGAACUGUUCUAUGUAUCAGGAAGAUUGGACCUUCUGAAGAAGAGACAUUGGAGAGUACUCAUUGUUUAACACAUCACCCAGUUGAAAAAGAGUCCUGUAACAAUCAAUCUUGCCCCCCACAGUGGGUUCCUUUAGAUUGGUCAGAAUGUACUCCAAAAUGUGGACCUGGUUUUAAGCAUCGUAUUGUUCUCUGCAAAAGCAGCGAUCUUUCAAGAACAUUUCCAGUUGCACAUUGCCAAGAAGAAAACAAGCCUCCUGUCCGCAUGCGCUGUAGCUUGGGCAGGUGUCCUCCACCACGAUGGGUCACAGGAGACUGGGGACAGUGUUCUGCACAGUGUGGUCUUGGACAACAGAUGAGAACUGUGCAGUGUCUCUCAUAUACUGGGCAAGGCUCCAGCGAUUGCCCUGAUACUCUUCGGCCUCCAUCAAUGCAGCAGUGUGAGAGCAAAUGUGACAGUACUCCUGUCUCUAAUGCAGAAGAAUGCAAAGAUGUGAACAAAGUGGCUUAUUGCCCACUGGUGCUGAAGUUCAAAUUCUGCAGUCGAGCGUACUUCAGACAGAUGUGCUGCAAGACCUGCCAAGGACAUUGACCCACAGAAACUGAAAGUGCCUUGU